AUGAGAUUGUCGACGAUUAGCGCAGGGCUCAUUGCCUGCCUGGCCACCAAUGUUGCCGCCACGGCCCUGACCUACAAGCUCGACGCCAACGAAAAGGCUUGCUUUUUCACGGAUACCAAACAGGACAACGAGAAGAUCGCAUUCUACUUUGCGGUCCAAUCUGGCGGCUCCUUCGAUGUCGACUACAUUGUCGAGGGUCCCAAUGGCAAGCUGAUUUUGCGCGGCGAAAAGGAACGACAGGGAGACUUUGUCUUCACCGCUCAGCAUGCUGGCGAGUACUCAUUCUGCUUCAACAACGAGAUGAGCACCUUUGCCGAGAAAUACGUCGAUUUCCAGAUUUCGGUUGAAAACGAAGCCCGAACUGCUCAGCUGCCUUCCAAGCAAGGCACAAGCCCCGAGCAGACUUCUGUCCUCGAGGACUCCCUCUUCAAGAUCUCCAGCCAACUGUCUACCAUCUCUCGAAACCAGAAAUACUUUCGAACCCGUGAGAACCGCAAUUUCUCUACUGUCAACAGCACCGAGAAGCGAAUUGUCAACUUUAGCAUGAUCCAAAUUGGCCUGGUUAUCUGCAUGGGCGCUUUGCAGGUGUUCGUCGUCAGAUUUUUCUUCCAAGGCGCGCGUAAGGGCUACGUUUAA